CGUUACACGCGGCGUUACUCGUUUCAGGGAACGCUCCUGGCGGUUUCAAAACAGCGUGUGUGUCUGUCGCAGCCUCACCGUGUGAUGCGACUGUGACUUAAAGUAGCCUGAGAUCGUUCGAAUUUCUUCGUUGUCGCCGUUUUCGUGAAUUUUCCGUGACGACGUUUUACGUGUGCGUCGGAGUGUGUUGAAUGAAUACCGAGACCGAAGACGGUGUCGUUCCAACGUGAAUAAUCUCUGUUCGUUGCAAUCACGUUCUACCGAGUACAUACUCUAACCUUACUUCGAAUAAAGUUCGGUGGUAGCCCUAACCUUCGCGUUCUCGGUUGGGCUGUUCGUAUCCCGUUGUACACGGGUCUGCAUGGGUGCCCGAUGUAACCGUGACAGAAAGGAAAUCCACGCGGUCCUGGAGGAACGUGAAAUUCCCUGAACGAACACUGUCUUGCCGGCUAUGACGAGGACAAGGACCCGUUCGAACGGAUCGUCGAUGCCACCGACGCGGAUGCUGUGAUUUCGUUGAAUGUGGAGUGCGAUUUCGCGCCUCUUCGUCAAGGGCAAAACAGAGGAAUCUGCCCCGAAGACGGAAGAUCGGACGUGUGACCGUGUGCCCGAUACGGUCGUCCAUGAUUUCGACGCAAUGGAUCGUAACGCGGGUGACGAUCGACGUAAGGGCCCAGCCGGCGAGCAACUGCACGCCGGAGCCGAAUCUGAACAUUUCUCCGACGCUUAUGAUUCCCGUCAGGCCAAACAGCGUGCCUCCGUGAAAUGGCUCCUGUCGAAGGCGUACAACAAUCGAGUGCCAGAAAACCUUCGCGAGCCAUAUUAUGUUGAUCACGAGGAUCAAGAACACCUAAAGCCGCAGAUCGUCCACGCACUCUCCAAUGCAGAACUAUACUGUUUGGCGUUGGCAAACAUCUAUUCGGAUCCAAAUUAUCACAAUCAGAACCACUGCGGUAUCCUGCAAGCCCUCGCCAGGAAAGGUGUUUACCUCGCGGAGCCAAACAAUACUCAACUCACCGAAACGAUCCUAAUUCAGAAUUCACCACUCAAGAUGUCCGCGCAUAUGGCUGUGAUAGAGGGCCUGAUGGUCCUGUACGCGAAAGAGGUCGUGACCGGCGAUCGUGUGGUGUCGGCGAUCCGACGGUUUGAUCCUCAGGCGGACGUGGACGUUCCGACGGACCAUGAGAAAGGCUUGCUUCUCUGGAUAAGCCACGCAUCGCGCGCGUUGAUCACCAAAAUCCAAACGGAGGAAGGUGCUGCGGAUAAAACGCGACUGCCAGAGCUGCCUGCCGCGAAGGACUUCCAAUCGUUGUGCGACGGCGUCGGUUUAGCAGCGGUCGUCGCGUUUUACUGCCCCGGCGAGCUGAACUGGAUGGACAUCCGGGUGUCGAAGAGACCGUCGGUCGCGGACGCGUUGCAGAAUCUGUCGUUGGUUCAUGCGUUUUGUAACCGAUGUUUACCGUAUUCCAUUUUUCACAUGCAACCCGAGGACGUGACGUACAUGAGGGGGUCUAUGAAGCAAAAUUUAGUCGUUUUUCUGGCGGACAUGUACAACGUGUUGGAGAUCCACCCUGCGAAGUGCGUCCGUUAUCCCGGCGAGGAGAGGGCGAUGCAGUUCUUAGAUGCCUGCCCGCGCAAUAGUCAUGGUGUAGCUCAUAAAAGAAGUCUGCCACAGUCUAUAGCUCCGAUACCUGAUCUGAGAAGCAACCUCUCCGUGUCCGCGCCAGGCUUCACAGUUGCGAAAGCAUCGUCGUCAUCCUCUGUGAAGAAGUCGCAAUCGUUGCAACAGACUGCCGAAAAUUAUUCCCACGAUAACAGACGAGCGGGGAGCGAAGAGAGUUUCGUGGUCCAUCGUGGCAAAGGCAUUCCUACGUUGAGCUCCGUAGCAGACGAGAAAUCGGUAGCUAGAGCAGAUGCCGCUGGUCGGCCGAGCAACUGGGAGGACCAGAGGAGAAGUUCUUAUGCUGGCCGACGAUCCAGGCGUAACAGCGUUUCGGACGACUCUCAGCUGACCAUAGAAAACUUCGGGGGUUCCCAGGAUAAUUUACACAACUUCGGCAGAAAUCCGGACAAAGAGGUUGGAGUUCACAUAGGGAAACGAAGCACGACUGAGCCGACGUUGCCCGCGAGAUCGAGCGUGCAAGAUGUGUACGGCAGCGGUGUGCAACAUAUACUCGCGGACAACGGAUACGGCAACGACGAACCUCCCCGAUUACGAAGGCAGGCCUCAAACUCGAGCCUGGACAGCGUGGCGCUCAAGCAGAUCUUACAUUCCAAUGAUAAUGAUAAUUCGGAAGGGGAUACGUCGAAACUGUCGAGCUUCGCGAACUUGAACAGGCAGAGCUCGGAAAAGGGGAUCAACUUAACGUACACAGAGGCCGAGGACGCCCUGACGAAGUCGAACCUUACGAUUAAGAAACACGGUCAGACGAACGGGAAUGGGAACAGCGAAAAGAAAACAACGUUCGCCACGUUACCGAACACGACCACGUGGCAGCAGCAGAGUAACCAGCAGUCCCAACAGGUGGAACAGCAUUCUGUUGAUGAAAACGGUGGUAACACGAUUAUGGCCUCGCAACUGAAUAAUAUUAGAUUGAAACUGGAAGAGAAACGUCGUCACAUAGAGAACGAGAAGAGGAGAAUGGAGGUCGUAAUGUCGAAACAACGUCAGAAAGUGGGGAAAGCUGCGUUCUUGCAAGCUGUCACGAAGGGUAAGGUUAAAUCUCCCUCUUCAUCAACGUCUGGGGGGGACAGUCCGGCUGAAAUCGGUCCCCCCACUCCUGUAACCUCCGGAUCUUCGGGGGAGACCCCAACAAGUGUUUCCGAGACGACCCCCGUAACCCAACAACCCUUUCAAGAAAAACCACAGAGACCCUUCUCGCUCAAGGAGAUUAGUGAGGAUGUUCGGGACGUAGAACAUAAAUGGUUGGAACAUGAUGGUAGUGCACCGUUUAUUGAAACAAGACGUACUCCUGAUAUUGAGAAUAUGGAUCUCGAUCAGUAUCAUCAGUCUAUAUCACAAAUGAAUAGCAGUCUUAGCGAAAUACAAGCAGACAUACAACGCUUGGCCAAUCAGCAAAAUCAGAUACAACAGCAACAUUUAAUGACGCACCAUCAACAACAGAUGCAACACCAAUUGCAACAGUUACAGAGUUUAAGUCAGCAGCAUUUGCAAAGUUUUGGAAUGACUCCUGUGAAUACCUUAAGCUCCAAAUUACAAGAGUCUCAACAAUCACAGUUCUAUUUACAUGAUCAACCACAGUUGCAAAGACGAAUGUGGGGUCAACCGCCUUCCACGCAAAGUUUAGCAAAUGAAAUGGCUGCAGUAGGUUACCAACAAUCAAUAGAUCCACGAUAUGGUUCUCAAACAACAGUCUACCAGCAAGAUAUGCGCUUAUAUCAAGACACACGGAAUUGGGGAACACCACCUCAACAGAAAGGAUUUGUUUUGCAUGAUACUCCCCCAGAACCAAGGUACCUCAAUGGCGGGGAUCAUAGUCUUUGUAACAAUCAAAUGAGUCACCCUGGUUCUACAUAUCCAGCGUCUUCAUCUAUCUUUAAUCAAACACCACCAUCUUCUGCUAGUCCUCAACAUCGUAAUGCUGUUCAUCGAAUAAGUCAGUUAAUGAGUGAAAGUCCAGAACCAAAAAGGCCGACUGUACAUCAUAUGCCAAUCAAAUGCGAAAGUCCUACAGAAAAGAGACAAGUUACUGCGUUACACGCACCUGUUCCAGCUCCACCAGUUGAUGAUAUGAAGCCUCAAAAUAUAUCAUUUAUUGGAAAUGAUGAUGAACUUUCACAAGGCAUAAGAGGUUUACACAUCACGUCCGGCAGUCGUACAUAUAGAAUUCCAUCACCAACUAGACCUUCAAUAUCACGUAAUUCGUUUCAACCUCAUCCAUCAUUAAGAGAGGCCACUCCAUCUCCGUCAGGUACCCCAGAGGUGACGCCUCUAGAUCCAAUGGAUGCUGGUGAGAAAGGGUUCUACAUUUGUUUCGAUAACGACGCACCGAAGAAACCGAAACCAACUCUUAGAGUGAAAAGAAUGUCCCCUAAGAAGGAAAGGACGGUAUCGUCGUACGUUGAAAACGAAGAUUUUUCGGUACGACCUGAAUCUCCAGCUGCUGUUGUUGAUAGGCAUAAGCAGCUGGAGGCUCAACGAGAUUUAGACCGAGAAAAACAGCGUCACAUAGAUGAAAGGGACUUCCAACGACAUGAUUUUAGAAAUAAAGAGGCACAAAGAGAAACGGAGAGGGAAAAGCAAAGGGAACGACGCGAGUCUAGUGCGGAAGGUCGACACUCUGGUGUUGGUUUAAUAAUCGGAAAUCAACUUGCGAAUCCGGAUCCAAAUUCUCUGGAUGAAAUGGAGCGUAAGAAGGAACGCAUAAUGCUUUUAUCGUUGCAAAGAAGACAGCAACAAGAAGAAAUGAAGGAGAGGAAGGAAGCUGAAGCACAAACACGUAGGGAACAAGAAAAAUUAAAAGCAGAAGAAAGAGCUCGUAAAAAGGAAGAAGAAAGGCAACGGAGAGCGGCGAUUUUAGAACAACAUAAAGUAAAGAAGGCGAUAGAAGAGGCGGAAAGAGAAGGCAAAGUUAUCGAUAAGGAGCUUCUCAAUGCAAUAAAACCAACAAAACUGCGUAAUAAGACUGCAACAACUCGGCCACGACCUAAGACGAUUCAUGUGGAUGCUGGUGCGGAGUUGGAUUCUGGGGCUCUCACGCCCAGCCGCGGCAAAAAGGGUUCUUCUUCUAACUUGAGCACAGCGUCGCUGACCUCCCCGACGAUGAGGCGAGACUACUACCGAGGUUCGCAGGACAGUCUCACUACUGCCCAUUUCGAUGAACGACGUUCCGGCCCUCUUUAUCGGGGCGGCAGUCUCAGGGUAUCUUCCGUAGAUUCACCCGACGACGGUAGAGGUUCCUCGCCUUGUCGAAGUAUGAAUCAGCUUGGCCGACGUGGUUCCUACAAGACGUCGAGAGAUGUGCAGGAGCCUCAGCAACAGGUUAGAGGCAGGCCUAAAUACCCGAGUUACCAAAACUUUAAGGGGAGAAAGUCUAAUUCGUUGAUGAAUUUGUGUGGUUCGAGUAGUGAUCAAGACGGUAUGAUGUGUCGAUACACAGAUACGGACAGCGGUCUGGGCAGGGCGACACCACCUAGGAGGGCACCGAGUCCGGGUAUGGGCAGCAUGAGGCAUCUUCCCUCGCCAUCGGGGCCUGGCUCUUUACCUCCUGGUUUGAUGACGAAGAGACGCGUGUUCGAUGACGGUAGCAGCGACAUCAGCAGUACACCGAGUUCGAUGAUGGACUAUAAUGGCCCGAGAUUGUAUAAACAGCCUACGACCAAGUCGAAUCGUGGUAUUAUGUUAAAUGCCGUGGAAUAUUGUGUAUUCCCUGGCACGGUAAACAAAGAAGCGAAGAGAAGAGUUUUAGACGAAAUUGCGAGAUCGGAAAGCAAGCACUUCCUUAUUUUAUUUCGAGAUGCUGGCUGCCAAUUCCGGGCUCUCUAUUCAUACUGCCCUGACAGAGAAGAAGUAUCGAAGCUGUACGGUACUGGUCCGAAACAAGUUAUCGAUAAAAUGUUCGACAAGUUUUUCAAAUAUAAUUCGGGAGGAAAAUGCUUUUCCCAAGUUCAUACGAAGCAUCUGACUGUAACCAUAGAUGCCUUUACAAUACACAAUAGUCUUUGGCAAGGGAAGAAAGUGAAUUUGCCGAACAAGAAAGACAUGCCUCUCGUCAUAUAGUUUUACACAAGUGUCACAUUUAACAUUACGCUACUAUGCCCUCUGUUGUUCAUAGUUACUAUUUUAAUACAGGCCCAUAUUAAAUUAAUGCAAACGUUGCGUUCUUAGUCAAUUUUAUAAGGACAAAUGAUUGAUGCUGACACGAAGACGCGAGGGUGCAAUCUAACUCGUACACGUAUUUGCGAUUGCACAUUAGAAUUAAUACGGACUCUUGUUACCAUACGUUUCGCUCCUAAUUUGUUUUCUUCCUUUUUUAAGUUCGUUUUUUUUAAUUAACGUUAGCAUCAAUCACUGUGUCGUAAGAUUACCAAUAUCUACCAUAGGAAUGGUUUGUUGUCAGUAUCUAAUACCUUCGCGGACUAAUUCUCGACGUGUAACCGCCUUGUAAUCAUAUAAGCUACUGUGUUGUAUAUGAAAGAUGUGACUGAUAUAACGGUAUUAAUUUUUCAUACGUUUCUUUUUGUUCUUUAUUUGCUAAGAGAGGCAGGGCUUUCAUGAACGUUCAUCUAACAGAUUUCGUCAUUAAAUUUGCAUGAAGUAAUUCGCACAGGUUUCCUCGUUAAGCGUAAAUGGAAAAAAAAGCUCUUAAUUAUUAUUACCGUAGUACCGUCGUCUUUUACUAAAGGAUUACUAAACGCAAAUUAGAGGAUCAUUAAUUUCAGCGUAUUUAAGACAGAGUCAACGAAGAUUUCAUUUUUUAAUGUAAACUUUGUACGUAUUUAAUUCAUGUUCAUAAGAGAAGCAAAAAUCGAAUGUUUUCCUUGCAUUAAAAUUGCAUAUCUAACAUUGUAACUUCUAUUUUUUAUUUAAUUAAAUAAUUUCAAGCUCAAAAUUGUUUCGUCCGAAUUCCUUCAAUGUUUGUAUCGUAAAUAUCUUUCAGCUCGUCACUGUCAUUACUUAGGACAAAUUAAUGAUUCCUCGUCGUGUAUAAAAUUUACAACUAUUAACAGAUACAGCUACAUAUACGGGGUGUAAAUGAAGUUUAAGGGAAAAUUAUAAGGGUUGGGGAAACUUACUAAAAUAAACCAAAUGGUCUUAAUAAACACACAUUCAGAAAUUAAUAGUUUGCAGAAUAUUCUUUAUUUAAAACAUAAGCAGCGCAAGCUCAUGAACAUGUCAAAGCCAUUCAUUCAUUAACACAAUGAACUUUUGAGGUUAGGGUUGUGUAUUGACUUUCAUGUUUCCUAUAUGUUAAUGAAUGUUUUUAUACAUUCUAUUGAUCCAUGAAAUUUAGAUUUAACGUUUCUUUACACCCUGCAUAUCGUAAUUCGUUUGUUUAAAAGUGUACGAACCAGCUCACGGAUAAAAGUGGAUUUGUAAAUAAAUAAGUUGAUUUUUGAUUAGU